AUGCCAGUAACAUGGGCAUCACUCUGGCGACAAUAUCGGAAUGACACCGAGUUUCGCGGUUGUGCCCAUAGUUUUUUGGCGAGUUUUGGAAUAGCAAUAAUCUCUUGGUAUCUCGGUCUGCUGACCGCUUUAUCGUCGUUUUCUAUCUGCAUUCCCUUAUCUUUUUACACUGGACGAUACUUUGGGCAACAACCUAUUUGCGCCGUGCAAGCGACAUUUUUGGGAUUUCUAAGUGGUUCCUCAGUGGCUCUGUUGUUUGUGUGGAGAAACUCACCGACCGCUUUGUUUUGCUUGUAUUCUUUCGUAUUUUCACUGUUCCAUUUCUCUGAGUAUUUCUUCACUGCUGUGACGAAUCGACGGUCCUUGCAGCCCGAUUCUUUUUUGCUGAAUCACUCUUUUGCUUACUGGGCAGCAGCAUGUGCAAGCUGGUUCGAAUUCUUUUUUGAGGCUUAUUUUAUUCCAUCCAUAAAAGUCUGGUCUAUAAGUAUACUUGGUUUUACAAUAUGCCUUUGCGGAGAAGUCCUACGCAAGUUGGCUAUGCUUCAUGCAGGAAGUGGUUUUACUCAUCGCCUUGCUCUAACAAAGCGACCAGAUCACAGACUAGUCACCACGGGUAUUUACUCCUAUCUCCGACAUCCGGGUUAUACUGGAUGGUUUAUGUGGAGUAUAGGAACUCAGAUUAUACUUUGCAAUCCAUUUUGUUUAUGUGCCUAUACGUACGUCAGCUGGAAUUUCUUCAAUGAACGGAUUUACGAUGAGGAAAGGGACCUCAUAAACUUCUUUGGUCAGCAAUAUAUUAACUACCGGAGGGACGUUUGGAUUGGUAUACCAUUUGUGAAAGGAUUUGAG